AGCGCGCUGGGGGAUCGAAGAGGUAAAGCUACAUAUUUAGGGUCUGUGGACACCCAGGAAAUUUUGAUUGAGGUCGGUGCUAGUUGGCUGUGACUGCCCAUCACGACGUCAGCAGCGCCCCAUCCGUGAGUGGUGGUUUUGGAGCAAAAUCACCAAGACCUGUAUUCGCUGUGGCUGAGAACAAAUCAUUUAGCCGGAUUGAGCCUUAAUUCUUUUAGCUGGAACGUGGAGCUAACUGUUCAUAUCUAUUGAGCUGUUGAUGAGCUAGGCAGUGUUGUCAUAUGAAGUUGAACAUGGCAGAAGAAGAGGAUUACAUGUCAGAUUCCUUCAUUAAUGUUCAAGAAGACAUCAGACCAGGCGUGCCCAUGCCGAGGCAGAUCCGAGAGGCCCGUCGAAAAGAAGAAAAGCAGCAGGAAGCUAAUCUGAAAAACAGGCAGAAGAGUGUGAAAGAGGAAGAGCGGGAAAGACGUAACAUUGGGUUGAAGAAUGCACUAGGCUGUGAAAACAAGGGGUUCGCUUUGCUCCAAAAGAUGGGAUACAAGAGUGGCCAGGCUCUGGGCAAGAGCGGAGAUGGCAUUGUUGAACCAAUUCCUAUCAAUGUCAAAACAGGAAAAAGUGGCAUAGGUCACGAGUCAUUACUAAAACGGAAAGCGGAGGAAAGGCUAGAAAACUACAGGAGAAAAAUCCACAUGAAAAACCAAAAUGAAGAAAAGGCUGCCGAGCAGUUCCGGAUGCGCCUGAAAAGUAAGCAGGAUGAGCUGAGGCUCGAAGGCGACCUGAGAAGGAGCCAGCGAGCUUGCCAGCAGCUAGACGCCCAGAAGAAUAUUCAGGUUCCCAGGGAGGCAUGGUACUGGAUAAGGCCUGAAGAGGAGACUGAGGAAGAGGAAGAGGAGGAGCAGGAUGAAGACGAAUACACAAGCGAGGAUUUGAGUGUGCUGGAGAAACUGCAGAUACUCACUGGCUACUUACGAGAAGAACAUCUAUAUUGCAUUUGGUGUGGGACAGCCUAUGAAGAUAAAGAAGACCUAUCUUCAAAUUGCCCAGGACCAACCUCUGCGGAUCAUGACUGAGAUUGUUCCCAAUAAAAUAAAAACUAUUUA